GCUUCCAAACGUCCCACAAGCAUCGCCAACGCAGAAGAGGCCAUGACACUUUCGACGAGUUACUUGACGCUCUUCCUUCCCCUUCUGGUGCUCGUCGCCGUCCUUAGCGAGGCUCGAAUCAUCAGCAAUUACGGUAGACCCCGUCUCGGCGAAACGUUCUAUGAGGAGAUAAGAGAACUUUUGCGACAACGACUCGACGAGAUAGAGAAUGAAGUGUCAGUGUUCGAAGAGGAACAACCACCUCGUCCAGAGGAAAACCCGACUUGGCACGGGCCGGAGAGUUUGGGUCAAAUAUCCGGUGUCGCCGUGGAUCGGAAUGGAAGACCCGUGAUUUUUCACCGUGGUCAUCACACGUGGGAAUAUUCCACGUUCAACGCGAGUUAUCACUACCAAGAGCUGACCCGAGGACCAAUUCUUCAGAACACAGUGCUUACCCUCGACCCUGUAACCGGUGAGGUGAUCGAAGGCUGGGGAAAGAGUCUCUUUUACAUGCCUCACGGUCUGCAUAUUGAUGUCUACGGCAACGUGUGGUUAACGGACGUCGCCCUCCACCAAGUGUUCAAGUUUCGGAGGAAUGCCAGAAAUCCGAGCCUCGUACUAGGGCAGAGGUUCCAACCCGGUAGCGACUCGGCCCACUUUUGCCAGCCAACAACAGUUGCCGUUGCACCAGCGGGAGAAAUAAUAGUCGCAGACGGCUACUGCAACAGCCGAAUCCUGGUCUUCAAUGCUGCGGGAGGUCUACUCGAAGUUAUUCCUCAGCCCGGAGAAUUCUUAUCACUGCAAGUACCUCACGGCUUGGCUCUACUUCCGGAACUCGAUGUCGUCUGCAUUGCUGAUCGAGAAAAUAUGAGAGUUACCUGUCCAAAUGUCGGUCUUAAAAGAUCGCGGACGCGAAGUCCACCCUUAACCAUUCAGCAGCCCGAUCUGGGAAGAGUGUUCGGUGUCGCAUCGUACGGUAAUUACAUCUACGCCGUGAACGGUCCAACGUCGCCGAUGAUUCCGGUGAGAGGUUUCACCCUGGAUCCUAGAACGGAAAGAGUCGUUGAUCACUGGUCACCGCUAUCCAGCAAAUUUACACAGCCCCAUGCCAUCGCCGUUUGCCCGAACGAAACUGCUCUCUAUGUCGUUGAAAUUGAGCCUAACAAGGUUUGGAAGUUCGACCUCAUCCGGCCCGAUUCUAAGAAGUAACAACACAACCGACCGAUGACUCUGCAAUUUAAUAUUCCCACCGGAAUAUCUGAGCAACUCUGCAUCUAUCCUGAAAACAAAUAUCAAUCCGCAACGAGAAGACGAUCGUGUUAUCUGUAAUUUUUUUUUUUUUUUGUCAUACCCGGGUAUUACCGCAAUUUCAUUAUGAUUAUGGGUAACGUACGCUGUUAGAAUGCGUAGCGAUUACCUGACCCUUUCUUCUUCGCCGGUGACGUCACUUCCGGACCACGAUAUACGCGACCAAUAUAAUCCUAUAAACGCCGAUAUCAAUAUAUUCAUAUUUUAGCAUUGAAAGUAUAGUAACUGGAGGAAAAUAUUGAAUAUUUUUGUGACAACAAAGGUGUGUAAUUGUAUUCGAUCACAUAGAAACCUGUAUAUGUACAAUUUGAAUUCACUCGUAAUAUCGUCAACGGGUAAUUCAGGUAAUACAUUGUGUACCUGUUAUUUAGAAACCAACCAAAUACGUGGUACCAGAACUCUAAUCGAGCUUCAUAUCUCUGUGUAAGAAAUAUAUCAUUUUACCGAUUA